AUGGCUCCCGAGCUCGAUGCGGCAGAAGUCGCCCGUCACAACACGCCCGAAAGCUGCUGGGUAAUUCUCUACGGCAAGGUUUACGACGUCACCUCCUUCCUGAGCUCCCACCCGGGAGGCUCCAAAAUCAUCCUCGCCCUCGCUGGUCAGGACGCAACCGAGGACUACGACCCCGUGCACCCGCCCGGCACCCUCGAGGAGAACCUCGCCCCAGACGCCGUCCUCGGAACCGUGUCCGCCGAGAGCUUGGAGAAGCUCAACGCCGCGUCGCAGCCUCCGUCGCCGCCACCACCACAACCCACAGCCGCGGCGCCGGCAGCAAAGAGCGAGCCGGAACCGCUGCUCCCCGUCCAGGCCCUCCUCAACCUCGACGACAUUGAAAAGGAAGCCACCAAGCGCAUCUCCCACCGCGCAUGGGCCUACUACUACUCCGCCUCCGACGACCAAAUCAGCAAGGUGCGCAACAAUGACGUCUACCGGGACAUUAGCAUGCGUCAGCGUGUUCUCGUCGACGUAAAAGCCAACGACCAGUCGACGUCCUUUCUCGGCCAUCCAGUCGCCACACCCGUCUUUGUCGCGCCCGCCGCCAUGGCCCGUCUCGCGCACCCCGACGGCGAGCUGGGUAUCGCGCGCGCGGCCGCCCAUUACGGCGCCAUGAUGAUUGUCUCCAACAACGCUUCAAUGACACCGGAGCAGAUUGUCGAGGGCGCGGAGCCGGGCCAGUUGUUUGGGUGGCAGAUUUACGUGCAGGAUGGGCGGGACAAGAGCGUCGCCAUGCUGCGCCGCAUCAACGCCCUGCGGAAGCACUACAAGUUCAUCUGCCUCACCCUCGACGCUCCCACUCCAGGUAAGCGCGAACUCGAUGAGCGCGGCAAUCUCGAGAAAAUGGUGCGCGUAGAGGCCGCUGGCAACCCGGACAUGGAGCGGCGCCCCGGCGCCGGCGGCGUCGGUCAACAGCUCUUCUUUGGCACCGCGGCCGACCUGACGUGGAAGACGACGCUACCAUGGCUGGCCGAGCACACCGAUCUGCCAAUUGUUCUCAAAGGCCUUCAGACGCAUGAGGACGCGUACCUAGCGAUGCAGCAUCCCCAAGUCAAGGCCAUCAUUCUGUCAAAUCAUGGCGGACGCGCGUGCGACACGGCGCCACCGCCGAUACACACCCUGCUCGAGAUUCGCAAGUACUGCCCCGAGGUCCUUAGCCGGCUCGAGGUCUGGAUCGACGGCGGCAUCCGGCGUGGCACCGAUGUCGUCAAGGCCUUGUGCCUAGGCGCACGCGGCGUGGGUGUCGGUCGCGGGCCCCUGUACGGUCUCGGAGCCGGCGGCCAAGCCGGCGUGGAACGCAUGUUUGAGAUUCUGCAGGCAGAGAUUGCAACUGCUAUGCGCCUACUUGGUGCCGGCACCAUUUCCGACCUUCGUCCAAGUUGUUCAUACGAGGAGGGUGAGUACAGGAUGGACGCACCGUAUGGCAUUUAG